CCACGUCGUGGUCGGCUGGUCGCCGCGUUCCUCUCAACAGACAGUUCUUCCUCUUUCCUGCGUUCCACCUCUUGCACUUACCAGUGGGCGGGUGCGGGACUGCGGGCGGCAUGGACGGACCGAGGGGUCCCGCGCCGGGGCGUGGGCGGACGGCGCCGCACGGAUGGGCCGGCGAUUCCGGGUCCAGGCAGGGCUCCGGCCCCGACGGCUCGUGGAGUUACGGCUGGAGGUGGGCCUCGGGGCCCGGGGGUGGCUGGGGCUACGGCCACGGCUCCGCGCAGGGCCCCCGCGGCGCUGCAGACGGCGCCGCGUACGGCGGGUUUGGCUACGACAGCGGCGGCGGUGGAGGAGGAAGCGGGCGUGGGGGGUUCGGGUUCAGCUUCAGCGGCCCCGGCGGCGCGGGCGGCCACGCUGGCGGCUUCAGCUGGGGAACCGGCGGCGGGGCGUCUGGGACUGGAGGUGAUCACGCGGCUCACGGCGGCUGGAGCGCGCGCGGUGGGUUCGGCGGUGGCGGAAGGCAGCGGACACCGCGAGGACGCUGUCGUGGCAGCAACUGAAGAAGGCCAAUCAGCAUCUGGUGGUGGUGCUGUGCGUUGUGCAACUGCUAA